AUGGUUCGGCGCAUCGACUACGUCGGCGGGAUCUUGGAGGAUACAUGGUACGAUACUACUUUGCAAAACCGCUACAGCCGUAGGAGCGGUGCUGACUUGGUGCAGUAUCCCUGGAACAGUGCCCACGCACUCGUUCCGUUGAUCCUCGGCGUCUCGAUCCUCGCCAUGUUCGUCUCUUGGGAGGCGUGGGGAACGAAAUACCCAAUGUUUCCAAAGGACCUUGGUCGGCCGCCACGGACCUUAGUCCUCGUCCUCGUCAUCAGCUUCAUCUCCGGUGCCAACUUCUUCUCGGUGCUCAUGCUGUGGCCCACUCAAGCCUACAACGUAUAUGGCCAUGAUCCCGUGGCAGUGGGACUCCGUGGCCUCCCGUUUGGCCUUGGGGUGAUGACAGGCUGCGUCAUCACGUUGACUCUUUUGACCUACUUUCGGGGAGCCAACACCAGAAUCAUCCUUCUCAUCGCAUCCUGCGUCAUGACUGCAGGAUGUGGCAGCAUGGCCGCCCUCAGCACGGCCAACGAAUCGGUCGUCUACGCAAUCUUGGUCAUCGCCGGCCUCGGCGUUGGCGGCAUGGUCAUACCCGUGAGCGUCAUAACCACCAUCAUCUGCCGGGACGAGGUGAUUGCGACGAUAACUGCUCUUUCUCUAUCCAUCCGAGUCGUUGGAGGCGCCAUUGGUUACGCAAUUUAUUACAACGUUCUAGUGUCCAAGUUGACUCCCAUGCUAAUUGAUCGCGUUGGGACGGCAAUGGUCGUUGGUGGAGUCAAGGACCCCGAAACUAUCAAGGCAGCCAUUGACCUCACAUCGGCUUCGUUGACACAAGCCAUACUGGAGCUGCCGGGUAGCAAUGGAAACGUCACCCUCUGGCAGCAGGUGUACUGCAGCAUCGCUUUUGGCGAGGCCUCAGUUGUCGCAAGUUUCUUUGUCGAGGACAUCACGCAGUUCAUGGAUGACCAUGUAGCUGUGGUUAUUCUUUGA